UUGGUUUCACUUCAUAUGAAGGAGGAAGUGUGUGAGUCACGGGAUUGGUGUGCUGGUUCUCUCCGCGUCCUGCUCCACCAUGGUGUUCGAGUCUGUGCUGAGUGACGUGUUGAACAGGUUUAUCGGCGAUUAUGUGGAAAAUCUUGACAAAUCACAGCUGAAGAUCGGGAUUUGGGGUGGUGAUGUGGUUCUGGAAAACCUACGAGUGAAGGAGAACACUUUGAGUGAACUGGAUGUACCAUUUAAAGUGAAGGCUGGGCAAAUUGGCAAGCUAACUCUAAAAAUCCCCUGGAAGAAUCUCUACAGCGAAGCAGUGGUUGCUACAUUGGAUGGUCUUUAUCUCCUUGUUGUUCCUGAAGCAACAAUCAAGUACGAUGCAGCUAAAGAAGAGAAGCAUCUCCAGGAGGCUAAACAGAAGGAGCUUCAGCGCAUUGAGGAGGCCUUGCUGCUGGUGGCACGCAGAGAGAAACGUCCAGAUGAGAAGAAAGACACGUUUUCUGAGAAACUUUUCACCCAGAUAAUCAAAAACCUUCAGGUCAAGAUCAGCAGCAUUCACAUCAGAUACGAGGACGAUGUUUCAGACCCUCAGAAACCUCUUUCCGUGGGGGUGACUCUAUCCGAACUCAGCCUACAGACAGCAGAUGAGAACUGGAGGACAUGUAUUUUAAAUGAAGCUGUCAAAAUUAUCUACAAGCUGGGACGUUUGGAGUGUCUGUGUGCCUACUGGAAUGUUAACAGUCCUAUGUUCUACAGAGACCCUUGGGAGAAGAUUGUGGAGAAACUAAAAGCAGGAAUCAGCAGCAAAGAUGUGGAACUGAAAGGCUAUGAAUAUAUUUUCAAACCCAUUUUUGCUUCUGCUAAGAUCCGCAUCAACCCAAAUGCUGAUGUUGAGCUGAAAUCACCCAAAGUAAACUUGCACCUAGAAGUGCAAAACAUUGCAGUUGAAAUGAGCAAACCACAGUACCUGUCUGUGGUGGAGCUGUUAGAGUCCAUAGAUUGCAUGGUGAAAAAUGGUCCCUAUAGGAAGUUCAAACCAGAUGUCCCAGUGAACAAACAUGCCAGGCAGUGGUGGAUGUAUGGCAUCAACAGCGUGUUGGAGGUGCGCAUAAAGCGUUUCAACCAGAUGUGGAGCUGGACUCAUAUCAGAGAGCACAGACAGAAACUUAAAGCCUACAAGAUGGCAUUCAAAGCCAAACUGACUCACAGCAAACUCAGGGAAGACACUGAAAAACAGAUCAUGGAACUGGAGAAAGAUCUAGAUGUGUUCAAUAUCACAUUGGCCCGACAGCAAGCACAUAUGGAGGUGGUUCGAUCAGGUCAGAAGCUGACUGCCAAAAAGGCUAAACAAAACCAUGGAGGAGGUGGAUUGUUUAGUAGCUUUUUUGGGAGAAAAGAAAGAAAAAAGAAAGACCAGGAAGAGGAGGACAAAGAGGAAGAAAGUAUAGAUGCUGUCAUGACCACCGAAGAGAAGACGAAGUUAUAUACAGCUAUUGGCUACAGUGAGAAUUCUCCCAACCUGGCCUUACCCAAAAAUUAUGUAGCAGUGAUCGUAAACUUCAAGCUCCUACAGACUUCAGUGACCGUGCGUGAGGAAGCGAGUAUUCCAGAGAUUCUCAAAGUGCAGAUGAUUGGCCUCAGCACCACCGUCUCCCAAAGGCCUGGAGCACAGGCUAUAAAAGUGGAGGCCAGUCUGGAGCAUUGGUAUGUGACUGGACUACAGCAGCAGGGAAUCACACCAUCUCUCAUAGCAUCUGUGGGAAACGCAAACUCCUCUCUUCUAAGUGUGAGGUUUGAACUUAACCCAGAAGACACUGCUGUGGAUCAACUACUGUAUGUCCACUCUCAGCCAGUGGAGAUCAUCUAUGAUGCUCUGACAAUUAACAGCAUAGUAGAAUUCUUUAAUACUGCUAAGGGUGUGGACCUGGAGGUAAUCACCUCAGCCACACUCAGCAAACUGGAGGAGAUAAAGGAGAAGACAGCCAGUGGUUUGUCUCAUAUUAUUGAGACAAGGAAGGUUCUAGAUCUGAAGAUCGACUUGAAGCCUUCCUACUUGCUGCUUCCCAAGUCAGGUUUCUACCAUAACAAAUCAGAACUCAUCAUCAUAGACUUUGGUAACCUGCAACUGAACAGCGUAUGCCAGAGCACUCCUGAACAAGCAUCUGCUAGUUUUUCCUCCCUGGAAGAGAUCAUGGACAGAGCAUAUGACAGAUUCUCACUGGAGUUACGCAGUGUGCAAGUUCUCUACAGCAAAUCAGGUGACAUGUGGAGAAGUACUAAUAAGCAGGGUACCUCCAGCCAGCACAUCCUGCAACCCAUGGACUUUACUCUGGGGCUCGCCAAGUGCAUGGUGGAGAAAGACAUACGCAUGCCUAGGUUUAAGGUCAAUGGGGAAUUGCCAUUACUGCAUGUGAAGAUUUCGGAUCUGAUGAUUCAGGGGGUUCUGGAGCUGGUUGACAGUAUUCCUUUUCCCAAUGUUUCUUCCACACCACCCUCCACCCCUGAUCAGAAGGCUAUGCCAGGAUUAUUAGCAGAUUCCAGGCUGAAGGUGAUAAGUGUAGAUCCUUCAGCAUUACCGUAUUCUAUGGUAUCAGAUUCUGAGGAGGACACUGCUGAAAAAUAUCCUAAUGAGGAUGCCCAGAGACUGGUUUUGGAAGAACUGACAGAUGUUCAUUUUAAAUUUGAAAUCAAAACAGUGCUGUUGGAGCUGACGUCUCAGGAUGCACAGGAGGUCACAGUCUUGGCCUUCAAUGUGUCUCAGUUGGGUUGUGAGGGCAAGAUGAGAACUUAUGACCUUACAGUCAAAUCCUACUUACACAAGAUUAGCCUUGAUUACUGCGAUAUGAAAGAUGCUCAGAAUCAGCCACUUCACCUGAUUACCUCAUCGGAGAAACAUGGAUCUGAUCUGCUUAUAAUUGAUUAUAUUAAAGCUGAUGUGAGCGGACCCAGUUUCCAAAGUGUCUUUGACAAUACGGAGCAGAUGCUAAAGGUGGAGUUUUCAUCACUGGAAUUUCUUCUCCACACAAAAGCCCUGUUGUCCACCAUCAGCUACCUGAAUAGAGCAUUGUCAAAGUUCACACCUUCUAAAGAAAGAGACAUCAAGAGACCAGCUGAUAGGGUUACAACAGAGAAAACAGUAUCUUCAGGUUCAAGGGACAAGAGGGUGAUAAGUUUUAAACUUUUUGCUGUGCUGGGUUCCUUCGGAGUGACCAUCUGUGAUGACAGAAGCAGCAUUGCAGAAAUCCAAAUUCAAGGGAUUGAUGCCUCCAUGGUUGUCCAAGCCAAAGAAACAGAAGUGUUUGCCCGUUUGCGAAAUGUUUUAGUCAUAGAUGUGGACAAAACCAUACACAAAAAGGUGGUGUCUAUUGUGGGUGAGGAAGUGUUUAGCUUCAAGCUGAGUCUCUACCCUGGAGCCACAGAAGGAGCCGGUUACUCUGAUACUUCAAAAGUAGAUGGCAAAGUCACCCUGAGACUGGGCUGCAUCCAGUUCAUCUACUUGCACAAGUUCCUUAUAUCACUUCUGAAAUUCGUGGAUAACUUUCAGGCAGCCAAAAAAGCUAUAAGCAUUGCCACAGCACAGGCAGCAGAGAAAGCGGCUGCCAGCGUGAAGGACUUCGCUCUGAAGAGUUUCAGACUGUCAAUGGACAUCAGACUGAAGGCGCCACUCAUCAUCAUCCCUCAGUCCUCCAUCUCCCAAAAUGCCUUUGUGGUGGAUCUGGGGCUCAUCACUAUUAGCAACACCUUCACUUUGACUCCAGCGCCGGGCUUUUCUCUCCCAGCUGUAGUGGAGAUCAUGGAUGUUAAACUCACCCACCUCAAAUUAUUAAGAACAGUUCUAAAGCAUGAAGCACCUCAGCCACAAUUGGAAAUUUUACAGCCAGUUAACGUGGAGUUGUUGGUUAAGCGCAAUCUGGCUGCCUCCUGGUUCACAAAGAUCCCUGGAGUGGAGGUCAGAGGAUUGCUCAAGUCCAUGAAUAUCAAAAUUGGUUGUGAAGACCUUUGUGUUCUGAUGAAGAUUCUAGCAGAAAACACUGAAGAAGGUAACAAAAGGUCAACUGACACUAUGAAACUCACUGUUGAAGAUAAACCUGAAACAAGCAAAGUUCCAGUGGAGACAGAAACCCACCCAGCAGUUGGCAGUGGAAAAUUAAAUGAAAAUGUUGUCAGUGUUCUCCUCAAGUUUGAAAUCAUGGAGGUUCUGCUGACACUGUGUAAACCAAAGAAUGGCAUCGAGUGUCCAUUUUUGGUCUUGACUGCAGCUGAGCUUGGAAUUGACACCAUAGUUCACAGCUUCGACAUGCAAGCCACGACAUACAUCAAGACCAUUUCUGUGAAGUGCCCAGACAUUUCAGAUAUACAUGGGGAGCCUGUCUGCAUUCUCAGCUCCUCAGCAAAACAGGGAGCUGAGCUCCUGAAAGUAGAGUAUUUUAAGGCUGAUCGUGAUGGGCCGAAUUUUUCUACCAUUUUUGAGAAUAUGCAACAGAAGAUGAAUAUUAUUUUCUCCUCUCUGGAUCUGACUUUGCAUACCGAGACAAUUCUUUCUAUCAUGGAGUUCCUGUCUACUAUCCUGUCCUGCAGUAGCUUGUCAUCACCUGAAAAAGAGAGCAAGAUUAACGAAGAAACAAAAGCUACUCCUGUCAGAUCUAAAAGUUCCCUUUAUGAAGAAGACAUCAUUGAUCUGAAAAUCCAUGUGCAGCUGGGGGCCUUCAAUGUGUUACUAUGUGACCAGCAGUGCAACAUUGCUGACAUGAAGAUUCGAGAUCUACAUGGGUCUCUCUUGAUGAAGGAAAAUGAAACCCACAUGUCUGCUAGACUUCGUGAUUUUGUUGUCAUUAAUUUGGACCCAGAAACAGUUCACAAAAAGGUUGUCUGUAUUGUGGACGAUGAAGUAUUCAGCUUUAAUAUGGGUCUAACCCCUAAAGCCACAGAAGGAGAGGGGUACACAGACACAUCAAAGGUGGAUGGAAAGAUCAAGCUAAAUGUGGGCUGCAUUCAAGUAGUCUAUCUGCAAAAGUUUGUCAUGAUAUUGGUGAAAUUCACUAAUAGCUUUCAAAUGGCAAAGGAGGCUUUAAGUGUGGCCACAGCACAGGCAGCGGAAAAGGCAGUCUCCAGUGUAAGGGACUUUGCUCAGAAGAGUUUCAGAAUCUCUUUGGACAUUAGACUAAAGGCUCCAAUCAUCAUUAUCCCUCAGUCAUCCAUGUCUCAUAAUGCUGUGGAGGCCGACCUUGGUCUCAUCACUGUGAGAAACAGCUUCUCUCUGCUUCCAGUAGAGAAUUGUCCACUUCCUGCUGUCAUAGAUAUCAUUGACUUGGAACUGACUCAGCUUAAGCUAUCCAGAAUCUUCAUGGAGAAAGGCCAUAAUAAACCUAGCUCUGAGCUCCUUCAACCAGUGAACCUGGUCCUGUCAGUCAGACGUAACCUUGCUGCUACUUGGUAUCAUAAGAUGGCUGCCCUUGAAGUAGAUGGAGACCUAAAGCCCAUGGAGGUAGCUUUAAAUCAGGAUGACCUGGUUCUCUUAUUGAAGAUUCUGAUGGAAAACAUUAGCGAAGCCAGCAGUGUUCAGCCCUGUGUUAGCCCAGAUCCAGGAAUAAACCAGGCAAAUGUGCCUACCAGAUCUUGCACACAUAAUGAGACUGAGCAUGCUGGACAACCGCCAGAAAGCAAAUUAGCAGAGAGUGAACUGAUGGAGACUGUGAAAUUCAAUUUUACUGUUGAGUCACUUGGUCUGGUACUUUACAAUGAUGAUUCCACACAGCCUGGUGUGCAUCAGAAGAGAUUGUGUAUAGGAGAGUUUAUGCUUCAUAAGAUAACUGCUUCUGGUAAGAUGUUCAGUGACAGCAGCAUGGAGGUUACUAGUAUUCUCACCACCUGCACACUAGAUGACAGGAGGAGUAACACUGAGCGAAUUACAUCCAGAAUGCUGAAAAAGCUUGACGACAGCUCAGAUGCCAUGAUCGACUUGAAAUACUCGCAAAACAGGGAUGAAAGCUCCGUGGUAGCUGUGUUCCAAAAACUCUAUCUCUGUGCCAGCAUGGAGUUUCUCAUGGCAGUGGCUGAAUUCUUCAUCCAGGCUCUGGCCCAAGCAAAGGCCCAGGGCACAGUAACAGACAAACCAAGAUCACUGCCAUUAAAACAAAUCUCAGAACAAAAGGGUCACGGUGAACUGAACGCAGGCCAGAAGAUCAAGGUGCAUGUCGUUGUGAUAGAUCCGGAAGUGGUGUUUGUGGCAAAUCUAAUGAAGGCAGAUGCUCCUGCUUUAGUGGCUUCUUUCCAGUGUGACUUCAAACUGCUCUCUGAAGAGGCAAAUCAGGUCAUGAAAGUCAACCUUAAGGGACUCAAAAUUCUUGCCUCUCCGUUCAUAAGGAAUAAGGAGAGCAAGGCUGUAACCACUGUACUUAGGCCAUGUUCUGUUUUACUUGAAACCAGAAUUUCGGCCAGCGAUUCACUCACUGGCUCAGUCACUAUAGAUCAUGUCACUGUAAAAAUCUCACCAAUCAUCCUCAACACUGUCCUGACAAUCACUGCAGCCAUGACUCCUCAGUCUAAGGAGGAGGUGGUCUGUCAGAAGCCCUUUGAGCUGAGCACUCUGUGGGCUGUAAGGAACAUCUAUUCCUGCAACUUCUGGUUCCUGGAUGUUGAGACUGCUACUGAGGUGACUGAAAAAUUCCAUGAGAUACACAGCAGCAAUAAACACCAGACUUUUACAGUUGAUGUGAAGGUGGUGCAGGUGACUCUGGAAUCUGGCCAGGGCCACCACACUGUUCCACUGCUGCUGGCUGAGUCUUCAUUGACUGGAUGUGCACGAAACUGGUCUUCUUUGCUAAGUUUGUCUGCAGAUAUGACGCUUGAGGUGAACUAUUUCAAUGAGUCUUAUGCCGUUUGGGAGCCUCUUAUAGAGAGAGUUGAUAAUGGCAAACGCAGAUGGAACCUUGGAAUUGAGAUAAAAAAUAACCCUGUUUGGGAUAAGAGCCCUGUUCCUGGUGAUGACUUCAUAGUGCUGCCUGAAUCUUGUACAUCCAUUAACAUCUGCUCCAAAGACACCAUGAACAUUACAUUGUCUAACUGCUGUUUGAAUGUCUUUUACAACCUCAUCCAGGCUUUCUCAGAGGGCACUGUCUCUUCAUUUGAUCACUCUCUAAAAGAGAAAGCCCCAUUUACUAUCCGGAAUUCCCUUGGCAUUCCACUGAUCAUCGAGCACAGUGCAAAUCUGCGAUUGGUUGUCUCAUCAUCCCAAAGUAAAAUGCCUGAAGUAGGAGUGGAAGAAUCCUUGGAUUUGGAAUAUUCUAUUUUUGAAAAUACAACACGAGUUAAACUGUCAACACUGCAGAGACAGGAGAGCUGCCUUUUCAACCUUAGCAUUGUGCCCAAAGGCUACAGUGAGAUUUCUAAUAUCCCUGUGGAUAAACCAGGCCGGAGGCUCUAUAAUGUGCAGAAAUCCACACAUCAGGAGUCUGUAUCUGUGCUUUUGCAGAUCAGUGCCUCAGAAGGUAACAAAGUCAUCACUGUGCGCUCCCCACUACAGAUUAAGAAUCAUUUCUCAGUGCCAUUUGCCAUUUUGAAGUACUGCCCUGAUUUAGGAGGGCUUGUGAAUGUUGGAGUUGCUGAACCAGACAAAGAGUUUCAUGUCACGCUGGACUCUUACAGAUGUCGCUUGUUCGUGAUGCCAGUUGGACCUCUUGAGGGCCAGUAUCAGAUAUCGACCACGCACAUUGCAUGGAAGGAGCAGGUUCAUAAAAGUUCAGAGGUGCAUUCCAUCAUGCAGUGCCCAGCAAAGGAUAGCAGCUUACGGCCUGUUGUCAUCAACACACUGGCAGUGAAAGACAACCUGUCUCACAUUGAUAGCCAGAGAGAAGAAGAAUGGGACCCUGCCUACAUUAUCCACCUGCAUCCAACUGUUUUCCUUCGAAACCUGCUUCCAUAUUCCAUCCGGUGCCUGAUGGAGGGUUCAGCUGAUUUUGUAGAGCUGGAAGAAGGCAGCACAGCUGAUCUGCUGAACGCGAACAUCAUGGGGGAAAUCAUGGAAUUAGUGCUUGUGAAGUAUCAGGGCCGCAACUGGAACAGCCAUGUCAAGAUCACCUCAGCUAUGCAAGAGUUAUUUCCUGUCUGCUUUACCAGCGACACCAGUGAGAAUCUUACUGUUGAUGUGUAUGCACACAUGAGCCACAUGGCUGGACAGCUCAUCAUUUCAAUCUUUAGCCCAUACUGGAUCAUAAACAAGACAGGUCGGGUGUUGCAAUACCGGGCUGAAGACAUCCAUGUUAAACACCCUUCUGAUUUUCGAGAUGUGAUCUUGUUCUCCUUCAAGAAGAAAAACAUUUUCAGCAAGAACAAACUGCAGCUUUGCGUGUCCACCAGCUCCUGGUCGGAUGGCUUUUCUCUGGAUACAGUGGGCAGCUAUGGCUGUGUUCGUUGCCAAGAUAAAAACAUGGACUUCUUGGUGGAAAUCAGUAUACAAUUAAGCAGUUUUAACCUGACGCGGAUUGUGACUAUUAGCCCUUUCUAUACUUUGGUGAAUAAGUCUUCUUUUGAACUUGAAGUUGGGGAAGUGAAAAAUGACAGUAAUGUCAGCAACAAGUGGCACUAUAUCUCCUCCACAGAGUGUUUGCCUUUGUGGCCAGAGUCUAGUACAGAGAAGUUGUGUGUACGUGUAGUAGGUACUGAAUUGGCCUCCAAAUCCUUUUUCUUGAACAAACAAGACAAUGGAACUUUGCUUUGCAUGGAACAGUAUGGAGGCAUCAUAGUAGAUGCAAACAUCACAGACCACUCCACUGCAAUCAGCUUCACUGACUAUUAUGAUGGUGCAGCUCCUGCUCUACUGGUGAACCAUACUGCCAGAGAUACCAUCACAAUCAGACAGAGUGGCUGUGAGGCAUUCAGUGACCUGAAGCCUGGUGAGGUUCAGCUCUUUGUGUGGGACAACCCUGCAGGGGUGCGGAAGCUGUGCUGGACAUGUCAGGGCUACAGUGGAGAACUAGACCUGAUUAAGGACCAGAAGGGGCAGUUUACAUUUGAUGGUCUGACUCAGAUACAUUGGGUGUCAUUCCUCGAUGGUCGACAACGUAUAUUUCUUUUUACCGAAGACGUGGCUGUUGUAACCAAAGCUUGUCAAGCUGAAGAGUUGGAGCAAUUCCAAAAGGAAGUCAACAUCUCUGUGCAGAACCUGGGCUUGUCCCUCAUCAACAACAACAAUAGACAUGAAAUCGCAUACAUGGGCAUUACCAGUUCGGGUGUGGUUUGGGAAAUGAAACCAAAGAACCGCUGGAAGGCUUUUAAACAUAAGAGCAUCAGUGUUUUGGAGAAGGCCUACCAGAACCACCUUAAUGGCAAGACAGAGACAGGCUGGUUGAAACUGGAAACAGGGAUUGAGGUGGACUUUACAAGGAUGCAGAUGAGGCUCCCCUAUUCCUGUGCCAUCCGGAGGAACUUUUUGGCUGGUAUUCAUGUGGAGCUAAAGCAGUCACCACACCAAAGGAGCCUUCGAGCCCAGCUUCACUGGUUGCAGGUGGAUAAUCAACUAACUGGAGCCAUCUUUCCAAUAGUAUUUCAUCCUGUACCUCCACCUAAAUCAAUUGUUCUGGACUCAGAGCCAAAGCCCUUUAUAGAUGUCAGCAUAAUUACACGAUUCAAUGAACACAGUCAAGUAAUGCAGUUCAAGUACUUCAUGGUACUAGUACAGGAGAUGGCAGUAAAGAUGGAUCAGGGAUUUUUGGGGGAGAUCCUUGCUUUCUUUUCUCCUGCCACCAGCAUUCAGGCUGACAAGAAAAAGAGUAAUUUGAUCGAAAAAGACCUCAAUUCACUGCAAACACAACUGAUGGAGAGCUCCAUUACUGACACUUCAGGGCUCAGCUUCUUUGAGCACUUCCACAUCUCUCCAAUUAAAUUGCAUUUGAGUUUGUCUAUGGGCUCCAGUGGAGAUGAGUCGGAGGAGGGUAACAUGCUGGCCCUCCAGUCAGUCAAUCUGCUUCUUAAAAGCAUUGGAGCAACACUUACUGAUGUGGAUGACCUCAUCUUCAAACUUGCUUUCUUUGAAAUGAAGUACCAGUUCUACCGGAGGGAGGAUCUGAUGUGGGCAGUGAUUAAGCAUUACACAGAACAGUUCCUGAAGCAGAUGUAUGUGCUGGUUUUGGGAUUGGAUGUUUUGGGGAAUCCUUUUGGACUAAUAAGAGGCCUUUCAGAAGGAAUGGAGGCCUUUUUCUAUGAGCCCUUUCAGGGUGCUGUUCAAGGUCCUGAGGAGUUUGCAGAAGGCUUUGUCAUUGGUAUGCGCAGUUUUUGGGGUCAUACUGUAGGUGGAGCUGCAGGAAUGGUAUCCCGUAUUACGGGUUCAGUUGGAAAAGGCCUGGCUGCUAUCAGUAUGGAUAAGGAAUAUCAACAGAAACGUCGGGAAGAAAUGAACAGACCCUCCAAAGAUUUUGGAUCGAGUUUGGCAAAGGGGGGCAAAGGCCUUCUGAAGGGAGUUGUUGGUGGUGUGACUGGAAUAGUUACCAAACCUGUGGAAGGGGUCAUGAAAGAGGGAGCUGCUGGUUUCUUUAAGGGCAUUGGAAAAGGUCUGGUUGGAGUGGUAACUAGACCUACUGGGGGCAUUGUGGACAUGGCCAGUAGUGCUUUUCAGGGCAUUCAGAGGGCAGCGGAGUCAACAGAAGAAGUGACAAAGCUGCGACCUGUCCGCCUCAUUCAAGAAGACGGCAUAAUUCGACCCUACAACCAGCAUGAGUCCGAAGGCUAUGACCUUUUUCAGAGAUCAGAGAUUAAACAACUUGAUGGAGAGUUCUUUAGAGAGCACUAUCAGUAUCCGGGACACAGAAAAACCAACAUUAUUAUCACCAAUAGGAGGGUGCUGUGUGUGAAAGAGAUUGAUUUGAUUGGGCAUUUUAACAAAGAAUGGGAGUGUCAGUUUGAACAUUUCCUGAUGCCUCCAUUUGUCGAAGGAGGAAAUGUGACGAUCUAUUACAAGGAACAAAACAAACUCAAGGUCCUGAAGGAUGGGGAUUCCUCAAUGAGGGUGAUACAUUUUGAAGCCACAGACAUGGCAGAAAAAUUGCAGAGUGCCAUCCAGAAUGCCCAGGUGGCACGUAAGCAGUAUCAGAUGGUCAGAAAAAAAUCUCAGCGUUUUAUCAAUGCAAGCACAACAUCCUAAGCAACAUCCUGUGAGGAACACAGACCUGUUCAUUCCCUAAACAGUAUAUAACUAGCAGUAAUUAUUUUUUUUUUUUGUGAGCUACAAAAUAUCUGGAUGUUUUUUGUUGUUUUGGUUCUCUGGGUUUUAUGACAUUUUAUACAAUAAUCAACUGCAACUAUUAUAAAUUAAUUACAGUACAGUUAUGAAAAGAAAAUGAUCUGCACUUAUGACAUUUUAUUUUCUCUGUUUGUUUAUUCACCUUUUGCCAGAAACAGAAAACAUUUUCUUGAAUUUGUGUCUUAUUCUAUUUGUGUCUAUUACUUUAUUUAAAGGUUGUACUGAGCAAAUAUGUCAAUCAUACACACCAAAUUAAAUCCUCACUGGCAAAAUAA